AUGAGCCCUACAUUGCGCCGUUUAUUCAUUUUCCAACGCGAUCACGGUCAUGUGGUUAAAGACGGCAUACGCCUGACAAGUGCCCUGGUAGCUGAUGUCCCCAGCCUCAAUGCACCUGUACCAUACGUGCCCUGGACAGAUGGACAGAAGAAAACACCAUCCGACUUUGUCCAUCCAGGUCUGUGGCACACCCACGACGACCUAGAGACUAUACGCAAUGGGGUCUUGGCCGAAAAGGAUCCGUGGUACUCGACUUAUACCCUCUUUGCCAACGACACUUAUUCUCAGUCUACAUACACCAUGCAGGGGCCAAAGGCCGUCAUUAGUCGCGGCUCCAUCUCCAAUUACACCACUUUUAGUGCAGAUGCCCGGGCUGCCUACCAAAAUGCCAUCAUGUGGUAUAUAACCAAAGACGAGGCGCACUAUAACGUUUCCGCCGGCAUCCUGGACGCAUGGGGUUCCAACUUGACCAAUAUAAUUGGAACUGAUCGGUCCCUUCUCAUUGCCAUUGAAGGUGACAUGUUUGUAAAUGCCGCCGAGAUUAUGCGCUGGGAGGGCGGCUGGGUCGAGGCUGGUGCCAAAUGGCAGGGUGGCAGUGGCUUCAGUAUCCAACUGUAUUGGCUAUUUGCCCGACAGAGCAUCAUUAUCGGACAGGCAAACUAUGGUAUCGCGUCCAUCAAGGCCUUGAUGAAUUUCGCCGUCUAUCUGGAGGAUGUGUCCAUGUACAACUUUGCCCUCUGGUCAUGGCAGAAUGACCCGUGUGCCGGCAUCCAAGCCACCAUUCAGGCGAGCACGGGACAGAGCUCCGAGUCGGGUCGCGAUCAAAGUCAUGCCACGUCCGGCCUGGGAUGGCUGGCAUUGGGGGCCCGAACGUCGGCAAGUCAGGGCCACAACAUGUACGGCUACGCCGACAACCUGCUCAGCCAGGGCGCCGAGUACACGGCCAGGUACAACCUGAACCAAACGGUGCCCUACGAUGAACGGUGGCGUCGCUGCGAGGCCGUCUUGGUCAAUGGGCCGUGGACGGAAAUCUCCACGGCUAACCGUGGAGUCGUGAAUACGACUGGCACAUCCGUCAAGAAACUGCCUCAGGCAUGGGAUCUCUUGUACUAUUCGGCCAAAGCCAACGGGAUUGAUGCACCUUGGACGACCAAGGCAAAGGCAGCAAAUGAUGCAGCAGGCGGGGAGGCCGUCUUUAGCGGCAACGAGUUUCCUGGCUGGGGCGAUCUCUUGUGGGCAGUCUGA